AAUGUCGGACAAAGCGGAGGCAUCUGCCGCCGAGGAUCGGUCACAGAACAGUGGCACUGUGAAGCACGAUGAAGAUACUCGUGACCCGGUGAAGAUGGACCCUCGCGGUCUGCCUCUGUCGCCGCAGCCGACAGACGACCCAAAGGAUCCUCUCAAUUGGAACCGCUGGUUAAAACUGAUGGUCCUCGCCGAGGUGUCACUCUUCUCAUUUCUUGCUUUGUUCAGUGCAUCUUUAAUUGUGCGUGUUCUUUCCCACCCCGGCUUUUGUGCCUCUUUCACUUUUCCUCCAUAAAGAUCUGGUGACAACCGCCUACGUGACGAGCACUUUCAUCCUACUCGCCGGCAUAUCCGCCAUCUUUUGGAAUCCCAUUGCCAACGUCUAUGGUCGCCGUCCAGUCUACAUCGGAACUGUCGCCGUCGCCGUUGCGAUGUGCGGCGCUUCGGGAGCAGCCAAGAAUUACGGGACCCUCAUCGCCCUCCGAUGUCUCAAUGGAUUCUUCGGGGGUGUGCCUCUGGGCCUGGGAAGCGCCACUGUUUGCGACAUGUACUUUGCCCACGAAAGAGGCUUCUACAUGGGCAUCUAUACAAUCAGCUUCUUGACCGGUGGCCAUAUCGCACCACUCAUCGGCGGGUACAUCGAGAAGAACUUGAGCUGGCACUGGUGCUUCUACGUUCCGUCUAUCAUUACGGGCGGCAUCCUCAUCAUCUUCAUCUUCACCGUCCCGGAAACGCUCUAUUCCCGUACGCCUGCGGCUGUGGCGCGUCCAUCCCAGUCAUGGAUGUCUAACAUGCUUAUGAAGCGACGCGCGCAUCCCACGCGGCGAGUGCGCCCCAUAGAUUUCUUCCGACCGUUUCAGAUGAUGAUGUAUCCAAGCGUCGUAUUGCCUACCUGGUGCUACUCGCUGUGCUUUGCCUACGGCAGCAUUCUGUUCAUCAUCACCAGCGCGAACCUCUUCCGGCAGAUUUACCACUUCGAGCCUCAGCAAACAGGUCUCCUGUUGGGUAUUCCAAUCACGGUUGGCAGUCUCAUUGGCGAGUUAUUUGCUGGAGGCGUAUCCGAUUGGAUCAGUGAAAGACGAGCACUCAAGCGCGGUGGCGAACGUUGCCCCGAGGACCGACUGCUGGGUAUCAUCCCCUCUGUGCUACUCACGCCUCUUGGGAUUAUCAUUGAGGGGGUCUGUCUUCAGAACAAGACGCACUGGAUUGGAGUUGCUUUUGGAAUUGCCAUUGCCAGUUUUGGACUGCAGGUCAUGACUACUGGAGUGUAUACAUACACAGCAGAGUGUUAUAAACCCCAAUCUCCUGAGCUCGGUUCCUUGAUCAACUUUGGGAGACAAGUGUACAGCUUUACCAUCGGAUUCUACGCCAUUCCUUUCGCAAACCAGAUUGGCAUUGAGGAUGCAUGGAUCACGCUGGCGAUGAUCACCUUUUUCUUCUUCCUGCCUCUUAUUCCCCUCUACUAUUAUGGCGCAGGAUGGCGGAAACGCCUUGGCAGUCCGACUUUUCACCAGGACCUGUAGGUACCUGUUUGGUUCACCGCU